AUGGAAGAAAAUGUCAAUUUUGACGAUUAUGUACAUAAAGAAGAAAAUCUGACCAUGAGAGUGAAUUAUCUUCAGUUAAUUGACAAAGAUCGUGAUAGCAAACAUGUAGAAGAACCUUAUACGACAAAAUUCCUCCCAUUGAGAACCAUUAAUCUGAGGUGA